GCGGCCGCUGCGAUGUUCCCCCAGGACACGACGUGGAACAUCUCGUUCGCUGGAUGCGGCUUCCUUGGCGUCUACCACAUCGGCGUGGCCUCCUGCCUCCGCGAGCACGCGCCCUUCCUGGUGGCCAACGCCAAGCACAUCUAUGGCGCCUCGGCCGGGGCGCUUACUGCCACAGCGCUGGUCACUGGGGCCUGCCUGGGUGAGGCCGGUGCCAACAUCAUCGACGUGUCUAAGGAAGCCCGGAAGCGGUUCUUGGGCCCACUGCACCCCUCCUUCAAUCUGGUGAAGACCAUCCGAGGCUGCUUGAUGAAGACCCUGCCUGCCGACUGCCAUGAACGGGCUAAUGGGCGCUUGGGUAUCUCUCUAACCCGAGUCUCAGAUGGCGAGAACGUCAUCAUAUCCCACUUCAACUCCAAGGACGAGCUCAUCCAGGCCAAUGUCUGCAGCACCUUCAUUCCUGUGUACUGUGGCCUCAUCCCCCCGACUCUCCAAGGUGUGCGCUAUGUAGACGGUGGUAUCUCAGACAACCUGCCCCUCUACGAACUCAAAAACACCAUCACUGUGUCUCCCUUCUCGGGUGAGAGUGACAUCUGCCCGCAGGACAGUUCCACCAAUAUCCAUGAACUGCGGUUCACCAACACCAGCAUCCAGUUCAACCUGCGCAACCUCUACCGUCUCUCCAAAGCUCUUUUCCCUCCAGAGCCUAUGGUGCUGAGAGAGAUGUGUAAGCAAGGCUACAGGGAUGGACUACGCUUCCUACGUCGGAACGGCCUCCUGAAACAGCCCAAUCCCCUGUUGGCCCUGCCCGCGGCCCACCCCCACGCUCCCGAGGAUAAGGAGGCGGAGGAGGACGUUGAGGCAUCCAUGGAUGUAGAGAGGAUGCAAGUGGAGGAACGCAUCUUGGAGCACCUACCUGCCAGGCUCAAUGAGGCCCUGCUGGAGGCCUGUGUGGAACCCAAAGACCUGAUGACCGUCUUUUCCAACAUGCUGCCCGUGCGCCUAGCCACAGCCAUGAUGGUCCCUUACACGCUGCCCCUGGAGAGUGCCGUGUCCUUCACUAUCCGCUUGCUGGAGUGGCUGCCCGACGUCCCUGAGGACAUCCGAUGGAUGAAGGAGCAGGCAGGAAGUAUCUGCCAGUAUCUGAUGAUGCGUGCCAAGAGGAAGCUGGGUGACCACCUGCCCUCCAGACUGUCUGAGCAGAUGGAGCUGCGCCGCACCCAGUCUCUGCCCUCCGUGCCGCUGUCCUGCGCCGCCUACAGCGAGGCAUUACCUGCCUGGAUGCGUAACAACUUCUCCCUUGGGGAUGCGCUGGCCAAGUGGGAGGAGUGUCAGCGCCAACUCCUGCUUGGUCUUUUCUGCUCCAACGUGGCUUUCCCGCCCGACGCCCUGCGCAUGCGUACCCCCGGGUUUGCCCCCCUGCUGAACGCCCCCGACCUGGCGUUUCCCAGCCCCCUGGGGUCCUGA